AAUAUCGAUGUGAACAAAUAAAUAAUCAAAUUCUUGCCGUUUCAAUUGUCGUUUAACCAUGUUCUUGAAAAAUUUAAUACUCGGUUUACUCAUUUGUGCUGUAUUUAGUUCAGCGACAGAAGCGGCAAACACAUGUGCCAAAAGAGAACUCUCCACCGGGAUAGUAUGCGUUUGCAAUUCGACCUACUGCGAUACAGUAGAUCCGUUAAAACAAUUACGCAAAGGUUUAUAUGUUGCUUACGAAACAAACAAGGAGGGUUUACGUUUGGAAAAAAGUGUCGCAGAAUAUGACAUCCGUUCGAAUGGAGAUUAUGAACUUGUGGUUAAUGACAGUAAAACAUACCAGACUAUUCAUGGCUUUGGAGGAUCCUUUACCGAUUCCUUUGCUAUUAAUUACCUCAAUCUAAGCAGAACAACGAGAGAAAAAUUAAUUAGGUCGUACUUUUCCGACGAAGGAAGCGAAUAUAACUUGUGCAGAGUCCCCAUUGCAGGAACAGAUUUUUCUACUCAUGGCUAUACCUACGAUGAUACAGAAAACGACGAUGAAGACGUUGGUCUCUCGAAUUUUUCACUAAAAGAUGAAGAUUAUACUUAUAAGAUACCACUUGUUAAAGUGGCUCAAAAUUUGGCAAAAAAUAAUAUAAAAUUGUUAGCAUCACCUUGGUCAGCUCCAAAAUGGAUGAAGACCAGGAAACAGUAUGCCGGAAUGUUUAGUUUCGUUAAGUCGGAGUAUUAUCAGGCUUGGGCGGAUUACAUACUUAGAUUUUUAAGAGAAUAUAAAGAACAAGAUAUAGAAUUCUGGGGCUUAACCACAGGGAACGAACCGAGUUUAGCUUUUUUCAUUGGAAAUAGAAUUCCUACAAACGGUUGGCUACCCAAUAAUUUGCGUAAAUGGAUUGGUGAAAAUUUGGGACCGACUAUUAGAAAUUCCGAAUUUUCCAAGAUCAAACUACUUGGAAUUGACGAUCAGAAUUUCUUUUAUCCAUGGUAUCCAAAAUAUUUAUUAAACGAUGAAAAAGUUGCGGAAUAUUUAGAUGGGUUUUCUGUUCAUUGGUAUUGGAAUAUAAUUUUUGGUAGAAGUUUUUUGAAGAGAGCUUCCGAAGAAAUCUCAAAUAAAUUCGUUAUAUCUUCUGAAGCUUGUUCAGGAUCUUACUUAGUAACCCCUCAUGUUAUACUAGGAUCAUGGAUUAGAGGUCUCCUUUAUGCAAUUGAUAUAAUUGAGGACCUAAACAGGAAUGUAACAGGUUGGAUUGAUUGGAAUAUGGCUUUGGAUACAACUGGGGGACCUACGUACAUUGGAAACAAUGUAGAUUCUCCAAUAAUUGUUAACGCGGAGCAAGAUGAAUUUUACAAAAAUCCUAUGUAUUAUUCAAUAAUUCAUUUUUCAAAAUUCAUUCCUCCGGGCUCUGUAAGAAUUGAACUCGCGGGUUCAGUAAGCGGAUUGUACUCUGUUGCGUUUAGGAGACCGGAUAAAGGAACUACUAUUGUCCUAAUAAACAGGAGUAACAAUCAGAUUGCUGUCUCUGUAAAGGACCCUUCUAGAGGAAGUAUAAACUUGAAUAUUACCGCGAAAUCGUUUACCACUGUUGUUUAUUGGUAAUAUCAAGUAAAAUGAUCAAUAAACUAUAAAACGAAA